AUGUCUAACGGUCGUUCCUCCCUUCCCUCCUGCUCAUACCGCCAGCCUGUGGAAAGACCAUUCGGAGACAAGUUGAAGGACCUCAGAGACACCGCAUCCAGAGAAGGCGAAGGAGGCAAUGCCGCUGAUGGAGCGAAAUACAAGGCGGGAUGGCGCAAGCCGGCCGAGGGCGAGAACGCCUGUGUGGUCGCGUGCGAAGGUGAGAGAACGUUUGCCGAUUAUAUGCUGAUCUCCGUCAACAUCAUCACCAGCAGCAGUAGCAGUAACUGGAAGAGGAAGAAGAUGAACGCACGCACACUCGAGUACCAGGACGAGAAAAAGGCCGCCUCACCCGGCUUUGCUCCCCAACCCGGGUGGUCUUCCACUCAGGGCUCGGGCGAGGAGGCAAAAGAUGUGCCUUUGCUCCUGCUGUUUUUUGAAUCUGACACACGUAUUUUUCGCGAACCGGUAAAUUUGUUUUAA